AGUUCAAUCGGUGACUAAUAACGUAAAUCUCGCUACCGGUUUGUUUGCUUCUCUCAAGCAAGAUGGCGGUACCGUUGGAGUUCUAUCAGAUUUUCACACUCUGCAACUCUUUGGUCCUCGCUUGUGUGUUGCUUAUCGCAACAAUCGUAUGGAAAAUAGGCUUCGCCCCGUUUUCUUUUCUGAGAAAUCUUGGCAUUCCUGGUCCCAAACCAUGGCCAUUUAUCGGCAAUUUGCCGAUUCUUUACGAGAAGAAACAUGAUACUUACGCUCAGGAGUAUCUCGUCAAGACGUAUGGGCGUCUUUGUGGGUACUACAUGGGAACCCGUGCUGCAAUCCUUGUGGCUGACCCAGAGAUGGCAAAACAGAUAUUGGUCAAAGAGUUCGACAAGUUUGUCAAUAGACCGAUAGUGCAAUCUGCCCAAACCCCACCCACCGACAAGACCCUGCUCUCUUUGCAAGAUGACGAUUGGCGAAGAUUGCGUCACACUAUCACCCCCACCUUCAGCGCUGUCAAGCUUAAACAGGUUCUGCCUUUGAUAAAUGAAUCCUGCAGAAUCCUGGUGGAAAAAUUAGGGGAAGCUUGCAAGGAUGGCAAAAGUGUGGAUGUGCUUAGAAGUUACGGGAAGUUUACGAUGGAAACCAUUGUUACUACGGCGUUUGGUAUCGAUUGCCAAACACAGACAAAUCCUAAUGAUCAAUUUGUACCCAAUGCCCAACGACUGUUUGGCGGACAAAGUCUCUUUAGAAUGUUGGCAGAAUCCGCUAUGUUCAUAGUAGAUGCUGCUCGUCAGAUCAUCAAGCAUCGUCGAGAAACAGGAUCCCAAGGGAGGAAAGACUUGCUUGAGAUCCUGCUGUCGGCCGAGACGACAGACGAUGAUGGCAGGCGCAAGAACAAGCUCUCAGAUGACGAAAUCGUGGCGCAGUGUUUUACCUUCAUCUUAGCUGGCUACGAAACAACAAGCAACACGAUGGCGUUCACUUCAUACUUACUAGCCCUCAACCCGGACAAGCAAGACAGACUCAUCGAGGAGAUAGACGAGGUGGCCGCUACAGUUGGAGACAAUUUUGACUACGACACUGUUCUUGGUAUGGAGUACUUGGACAUGGUGGUCCAGGAAGCUUUGCGACUCUACCCGCCAGGAUUUAGGUUUGGUCGUACGUGCAACCAGUCAUGUACUAUCAACGGCCAGUUCUUUCCAAAAGGCUGCAUCGUGCUGAUCCCAGUGUUUGCCAUGCACAGGGACCCCGAGAUCUGGCCAGAACCGGAGAAAUUUCAACCUGAAAGGUUUACCGCCGAAGCCAAGCAAGCUCGUCACCCGUACGCUUAUCUGCCCUUCGGCGGAGGUCCUCGUAACUGUAUUGGAAUGCGGUUUGCCUUACUUGAAGCAAAGAUGGCGCUGGUCUACAUCCUAAGAUACUACCGUCUGGAGAGAUGUCCUGAGACUGAGGUUCCUGUCCAGCUUCAAGGCACCAUCACGAUAAUCCCUAAGCAUGGCAUUUACCUCAAGAUUACAAAGCGUUAGCUUCUUUCACAUUCAGUAAUUAGCACGGCAUCUACCUCAAGAUUACAAAGCGUUAGUCACUUCCACAUCCAGCCCUAUGCACGGCAUUUACCCCAAGAUUACAAAGCGUAAUAACAAGAUAUGUUUUUUUCAAAAUGAAACCAAUUCACCCAACAAGCCUCAACAAUAAAUGAAAUAUGUAAAUAGUACUAAUAAAACUCAAUAAGAAUUAGAAAAUUGAAAAA